UGUUAUGGUUGUUUAUUUGUGCUUAAUAACAUCUGUAGUUUAAUAUUGCAUACACAUUUGAACAGUUUUCGCAAUAGUAACAAGCUAAGACACUGUUAAUUAAAAAGUACUAAUUUGAGGACACCGGGACUUUAGGCCAGUGAGGUGUGACAGACUGUUCCUACAGAAAAAAAAGGACAUUACUAGCUUGGAUUGUGGAGCAAGGAAAAUUCAUACAGAGCUACAAAAUGAACAGAUCUCAAGGCUUUUAGAAAUGAUUUGCAAUUUUGUUUUGCACAGCCAUGUUCAGACAGAUGCUGCUACAGCUCAUACACACGGACGUGAACGUGCCAAAAUGCGCCUUUAGAAGACUUUGUGAAGCUGCUGCUGUUUGCUGCUUAGCCUUUAAUCAGCAUCAGCUGAGGCCUCAGACCAAACUUCAAAGCGGAAGCUGAGUUUCCUCACCGUGAUGAGUCCGAAAUCACCGCUUCACUUCUUCAUAGCGAAGCGGGAGUCAUAUGCCUUUCUAUGGGACAUGGCGGUUGUCGAGUACGCUGCUCUGACAGAUGACGACUGCACACUGACUGUAGCGGGAAACAGCAUGAGCACCAGAGGCAACGGCAUGGCCCUGCAGCACAGCGGUCCUUACAGAGACCUCUUCUCUCAGAAGCAGAAUCGUCAAGCCCUCCUCCAGCCAUCAUAUCCAGAGUCCAGGACAAGCUGAACAAAGGCCUAUUCAACUAUGGAUUCAUCACCCUUCUUAAAUCAUACCAUUUCUAUGGGGUCUAAUCGCCAAAGGCUUUUCACAUUUUUCAU